CAUGCAAUGAUAAUGACAACAUGACAGCCAUAGAGAACUGCUCUGAGGAUUCUGUAACUACUGCAGGCACUUCACGAUUCACAGCUGAGCCUCCAUGCAAUGAUGAUGACAACAUGACAGCCAUAGAGAACUGCUCUGAGGAUUCUGUAACUACUGCAGGCACUUCACGAUUCACAGCUGAGCCUCCAUGCAAUGAUGAUGACAACAUGACAGCCAUAGAGAACUGCUCUGAGGAUUCUGUAACUACUGCAGGCACUUCACUAUUCACAGCUGAGCCUUUGGUUGAUUAUUCGGACAGCGAAGAUGAGGUUUUGUGUUCUAAAAUUAUGACAUCUUUUGAAAAGAGAUCUGUGAUUUGUGAUGAUUCGGAUGAUCUCUUUGAAAAGUCCAGUGUAAACAGUAAAGAUGACCAUACAGACAUUCAAGAUGACAUCAGACGGAAUCAUGCAUCAUUUGCAAUGAGUGAACAACAUUCCGCUUGUACCACAGCAUCCAAAAGAGCAAAAAACACCAGAGCUAGAGGGAAGAUUGCUGAGUACUCAGAUGGUUCGAGUGAAGAUGAGUUAUCUGUUAGUGAGGAGGAGUAUAUUCCUGACACAUCAGAGAGUUACACAUCAGAUAGUAGCAUGAGCUUUAUUGCUUCACCAAAAGGUAAAGGAAAAAAGUUACAGACUUUGCCAGUCCGGACCAGUUCAGCUGUGAACAGAAUCAAAAAGUUCAGCAUUAAAAGCAGCGGUGACUUAGGGAGCUCCCAGAACCACGACAUAGCCAAAGUUCCUGACACAUCUUCCAUUCUUGACAGCGCAACAUCAGUAGUUAUCCCAGCUAUAAUUAAAAAGAGAGGUGGAUUGAGAAUGUACAGCAAAAAACAACAGUGCUUUUUUUGUGACGGUGCUUUUACAAAAAUUUCUAGACACCUGGAACGAAAGCAUAGAAAUGAGGUAGAGGUAGCGAAAGCAUUAAGUCAUCCAAAGGGCUCAAAAGAAAGGAGGAUGCAACUGGAGUAUCUACGUAACAAAGGGAACUUUGCUUACAAUAGUACUGUUAUUAAUACAGGUGCAGGACUGAUGAUUCCGCGGAAACUGCCCAAAAAGAACCUGGAUGGGGAAAGUUUUAUGCACUGCAUUUACUGCAAAGGACUCUUCUUAAAGAAAACUCUGUGGCGACAUGUCAAGGUUUGCAAAUUCAAGCCUGGUGACGAGAAGCCGAAACCUGGAAAAACCCGUGUCCAGGUUCUUUGUGGCUUUGCACAACCUCCCCCACCAGGAGUAACUCAUGGUGUUUGGAAGCUGUUAAAUUCAAUGAACCAGGACCGAGUGGCCCUUGAAACUAGAAAUGACUGGUGCAUUUUAGAGUUAGGAAAGCAUCUUUACAACAAGUAUGGAUCAAGAGUUAAAAUGCAUGAACACAUCCGCCAAAAGAUGAGGGAGCUUGGAAGACUCCUAAUAUGUGCGAGAGAGGUUUCCCCCCUUACAUCUAUUAAAGAGCUCAUUCAUCCCACAAACUUCAUGCAUACCAUCAAUGCAGUUAAAAGGGCUGCUGGCUACAAUGAAGAGACCAAUGUAUUUGAAAAGGCUAGUGUGGCUGUGAAACUUGGACAGAGUCUGAACAAAAUCGCAAUGCUCAUUGAGAGCCACUCUACUAUUAGUGGAGAUGAAGAGACAGGAAAAAUUGCGAACAGCUUUCAACAGCUUUAUCAGUCUAGAUGGCCUGAAUACAUUUCUUCAACAGCCCGGCGAACACUGGAGGAAGCAAAGUGGAAUUCCCCACAAUUACUUCCAUUCACUGAAGAUGUUAAACUCCUUCAUAUAUAUCUUGACGAGCAAGAGAAGACCUAUCGCAAACUAUUGUUAACACAGCCAUCAUCUCAGCACUGGGCAAAACUGGCCAAGAUCACGUUAACUCAGGUUAUGCUUUUCAAUCGUAGACGAGAAGGGGAAGUGUCACAAAUGCCGUUGUCUGCAUACAUCUCCAGCAACCAAUCGGAGGCUCAUCCAGAUAUUAGCAUGGCCCUCACGGAUUUAGAAAAUAAACUAUGUCAGUACUUCAAGCGUGUAGAAAUCAGAGGCAAAAGAGGCAGAAAGGUUCCUGUGCUUCUCACACCUUCCAUGCAAGAAUCAAUCAGCCUGCUUAUUGAAAAUCGGAGUAGGUGUGGAAUACCAAAUGAAAAUCCUUUCCUCUUUGCACGUCCAUCUGCAAUGACGUUUUUCAGAGGCUCUGAUUGCAUUCGAGAAUUUGCUGUUGCAUGCAGCGCAAAAAAUCCUCAGACUCUUACUUCAACAAAGUUGAGGAAACAGAUCGGGACACUUUCUGAAGUUCUUAAUCUUAGCAACACAGAGCUAGAUCAGUUGGCAGACUUUCUAGGCCAUGACAUUCGAGUUCAUCGUCAAUUUUACAGGUUACCCGAAGGCACCCUCCAACUGGCCAAAAUUAGUAAAAUUUUUCUGGCCCUCGAAAAAGGACGCUUGGCAGACUUCAAAGGGCGAAAUCUUAAUGAAAUCAACAUUGAUCCAGAAGAGGAAGUUACAGUGGACAGUGAUUUGGAGGAGUCCCCUUCUAGUUUGAAAGAAUGCACCACAGUAUCAUCACCGCAGCACACUGUUUGUGAGAACAGCACACUUCCAGAAGACCCAGUCUCCAAAAAAAAGAGAGGUUACGUUAAGAAGACGGCCUGGAACAAACAUGAGAUACAGGCUGUGGAGAAGCAUAUGAUGAGGUUUAUUAACAACCGCAAAAUUCCAGGAAAGGCGGACUGCAUGAGGUGUAAAGAGGCGGAACCACUUGCACUUAAAAAUAGAGAGUGGUCCACACUUAAAUUUUACAUCAAAAAUCGAAUCUCCGCUCUAAACAGAAAAGAUCUGCCAAAUUAAUUGACACACUGGCAGAUUUAAUUGUUCACUGGUAGAAACAAGCUUUUAUAGUUUUAAAACAAGCUUCCAUAGUCACAUGGUUAUAACGCAAUAGACCAUCAGUUCCAUAUUAUUGUAUGGAAAUGUAGAUUGUUCUUUCGAAAA